UAUGGUGCAGUUGUUAGUCGAUCAAUCACAUCGACGCACCACGUGACCGGAAGUCGGUUAAACGGAUUAUAUCCAACUGUUAACAACAUCGUUUUGAAGUUCGCUAUCUUUGUUUUUGAAAACACUCGUUUUUUUACCAAACUAAAGUAAGGGAACAUGUCCGACAACGAAGGAGAUUAUGAUGAUGGAGACUUUGAUGACGCUGAAGAGGAUGAGGGAUUGGAUGACCUGGAAAACGUUGAAGAUGAGGACCAAGAGAAUGUGAAGAUCCUGCCUGCAGGGGAGGGGUCACAGGCCAACCAGAAAAGGAUCACAACCCAAUACAUGACCAAAUAUGAAAGGGCCAGGGUGCUGGGGACACGCGCCCUCCAGAUAGCGAUGUGUGCCCCAGUCAUGGUGGAGUUGGAGGGAGAGACAGACCCUCUGCAAAUUGCCAUGAAAGAACUAAAGUGCAGGAAGAUCCCCAUCAUCAUCCGGCGGUACCUUCCUGAUGGCAGUUAUGAAGAUUGGGGCUGUGACGAGCUCAUCAUCACAGACUGAGCCAGACCAAACCGGACUGGCAGGGCCAGACCAAACCGGACUGGCAGGGCCAGACCAAACCGGACUGGCAGGGCCAGACCACCUCGCAACCCACUAGACUGGUGUGAGUGCAAGCUUUUGUUCCAGCAAAGCAUUAACACACCUUAUUCAACUAAUCGGCAUCUAUUUAAGACUAUGAAUAAUUGAUUAGUCAAAUCUUGUGUGUUACUGCUUGGCUGGAACAAAAGCCUGCAUACAUACUAGUCCUUUGCUAUAACAUCACCUACCCCUGCACUGGGCGAACCAGCUCUACAGGCAACCUGCAGAGUGAACUCAUCAAUUAAUAAGACUUUUUACAUUUUAGGCCUGUGACUUUUCCCACUGUAUCUCCAUUUAUUUUGAAAGCAUUGAAGCAUAUACAAUCUAUGAAGUAAAAGUAGGGCUUCUAAGAGCUAUGCACUUUUAUUACAGCUGUCAUUCACAAGGGAGAAUUGUAACUCAUGUCUACAUUUUACAUUGUUAGGUAAAAAUGUCAGUGUAAAUGAAUAGUUUUAUGACUGGGAAGAGCAGUUGCUGUGGAAGAGCUCUUUGUUUUAUUGUUGUGAUAAAAAAAAAUUGUAAGAAAGUACUUUUGUAUUAUUUUUCUUACCAACACAAUUGGCUUUUUGCAUGCAGGUCUCAAUAUGUGACUGUUUUUAUAAGGUUUAGAGCAAAGAAAUAUUAGCAAAUUUUUUUCAUGCAGAGUUAAUUGCAAAACAUUACAAAUGGUGCAACUCACAAAUUAAUUUGAGUGAAUAACUUUAUUCACUCACUAGUGAAUAAACAGCUUCAACUAUG